AAAAGGCGCCGCGGCGGGCGACAGGUGUUGCGGCCCCGCAGCGCCCGCGCGCUCUUCUCCCGGACUCGGAGCCCCUCGGCGGCGCCCGGCCCAGGACCCGCCCAGGAGCGCGGGAGCCCCAGCGCGGAGACCCCAACGCCGAGACCCCCGCCCCGGCCCGCCGCGCGCUGCCUCCCGACGCAGAGCAAACCGCCCGGAGUAGAAGAUGGAUUGGGGCACGCUGCAGACGAUCCUGGGGGGCGUGAACAAACACUCCACCAGCAUCGGAAAGAUCUGGCUCACCGUCCUCUUCAUUUUUCGCAUUAUGAUCCUCGUUGUGGCUGCAAAGGAGGUGUGGGGAGAUGAGCAGGCCGACUUUGUCUGCAACACCCUGCAGCCCGGCUGCAAGAAUGUGUGCUACGAUCACUACUUCCCCAUCUCCCACAUCCGGCUGUGGGCCCUGCAGCUGAUCUUUGUGUCCACGCCGGCGCUCCUGGUGGCCAUGCACGUGGCCUACCGGAGACAUGAGAAGAAGAGGAAGUUCAUCAAGGGGGAGAUAAAGAGUGAAUUUAAGGACAUCGAGGAGAUCAAAACCCAGAAGGUCCGCAUCGAAGGCUCCCUGUGGUGGACCUACACAAGCAGCAUCUUCUUUCGGGUCGUCUUCGAAGCCGCCUUCAUGUACGUCUUCUACGUCAUGUACGAUGGCUUCUCCAUGCAACGGCUGGUGAAGUGCAACGCCUGGCCUUGUCCCAACACUGUCGACUGCUUUGUGUCGCGGCCCACGGAGAAGACUGUCUUCACGGUGUUCAUGAUUGCGGUGUCUGGAAUUUGCAUCCUGCUGAAUGUCACUGAAUUGUGUUAUUUGCUAAUUAGAUAUUGUUCUGGGAAGUCAAAAAAGCCAGUGUAAUGCAUUUCCCAGUUGUUAGAUUAAAAAAUAGACAGCAUGAGAGGGAUGAGGCAACCUGUGCUCAGCUGUCAAUGCCCAGUCGCCAGCAUUUCCCAGCACAAAGAUUCUGAUCUUAAACGCAACCAUUUGAAACCCCCGUAGGCCUCACGUGAAACUCCAGAUG